AUGAAGUCACGUGGCAAGGUGGUGAGCAGCACGCUUGCUGUCUUCUUGGUUCUGCAUCUGGGAUCAGCUGCCAUGACUAGUCGGUCUGAAGUUAAGGGCCCACAAAAAACUCUGAAGGUGUGGAGCUUGAAGCUCUCCGAUGCUGGUACCUACACGUGCCAAUAUGGUCCUCACAAAUUCAGUACCUCACUGCAUGUCUUUGAAUUGAAAAUCUCUUUGGAUGGGCAUUUUCUGCCAAAUGAAGUCCCUGAGCUGACUUUAAUGCAUAACUCAUCCGAUUCUCUACCUGAUCUCAGCAUCACAUUGUUUAACAGUAACAAUAACAUAGUAACACCAGCAGUACAAAGCAAGACCCGUGAGAAAUACAUAAUGACUUUAAAGAAACUGGAGGCUGCAGACAGUGGGAUCUGGGUGUGUCACAUCCAUUCAAACUCUCCACUGAUUAAUCAGAACAUCUCCUUUGCUGUGAAGGUAUUAGGUUUUCAGAAUCCAGAUUUGGAAAGAAAGUAUGCAGCUGUUGACAGCACUAUAAUCUUGUCAUGGCAUCUGAACUUCCAGAAGAUAAAAUGGAAAGAAGCUUUCACAGGACAACUGAAAUGGAAAGAACAGAAAAGUACAAACACCCAUGAGCUGCUUGAUUUUAACAUGACAGCACGAGGACAGAAGCAGGAGACCAAAAAAAGCAGCCACAUUCUGUUUGAGACGCCUGAAAGUACCAUAGGAGUGAAACUCCCUAAGGUCCAUUUUAACCAUUCUGGGCAGUACCAGUGCCAGUUGGCUUACAAAGGAAGACACGUGCAGAGCAAGAUAGAGCUGGUGGUGAUGAAAGUCUCAACUAACCCUGUGGGGCCACUCUCCAGAGGACAAAAUAUGACCCUGAUCUGCGAGGUCUCUCAUACACUCCCAUCCAAUGCCCACUUGCGCUGGGAACGUGUGAAUGGGACCCAGAUGGACAUCAAGAACUCCAAGCAGCAUGAAGUAAAGUUGGAGGUGAACAUCAGUGCUGCAGGGCUGUGGAACUGUCACAUCAUAGAAGACAAUGACAGAAAGUUCAGCCUUCUUUACCACGUGGAGGAAGCUCCUAGUUGGAUUAGCUAUGUUAUAACAGGAGCAAGUGUUGGAGGCAGUGUAUUGGUGUUUGCCCUUGCAUGCCUGUGCAUCAUCAAUGGUACAAGCUGGCAGCGGAGAAGGCAACGGGCAAAAAGGAUGGCACUAGCAAGAGAAUACUUGCUGGAAAACAAGACAUGCCAGUGUCAACAGUAA